CUCCUAAUCAUUGUUUGGUAGUGUUGGAGUUUCCUGUUGUGCUGCACAGCGCAUGUAGCAAGUGUAUUCAACUGGCAGCUUCAUCGCGUCCUGCCCACAGAGCAGCAGUGAUACACUGAAGAGGAGACAUCUAGCCCUAGGCUUUCCUAAGGAGACGGUGUCUUUGGCAUCAGCACGCGAUUGCUGUAGUUCCCACAUUCUCUUGAAUUUUCAUACAAGUUCUGUGAUGUGGAUGUGCAUGUAAUAGAAAUAAUGGACGAGGACAGCAAGAGUGCAAGCUUCUCAGAAAGCCUUGUGCUGGAUAACGCUGCGAAAGGAGGAGUUGAUGCAGGAAUCAAAGACGGCACAAUCUCUGCAAAAAGUGGCCUCCAGUCUGGGGAAAAGUUUGUUGCAGCAACAAUACAACUUGAUAAACUUGAGAAAAACGAUGUGCUGAAAAUCUUGAAGGUACUGGAGCCAUACGAAAACAAAAUAAAUCUUCUGACAAAGAAGGACUUGAGCGCCGGUGUUGAUCUUGGCUCUUUGGGAGUAGGUCUCAAAGAUUCGGCAGAGAUAUUACAGAAAGAUCUGUCGCUGGAUGCAUCAGCUCAGGGACCAACCGUUUCCCUUGAUGGCCUGAAUGGAAAGCUUAAUGAUGCACGAGGGUUGGGGGUUAAAAUAAGUGAACCGACUCUUAAUGGAGACCUUCCCAGUCUUAGCCUAAAUAAGCCAUCAACUGAUGCUGGUGCCACAUUUAAAAUGCCCUCAGCAGGGCUUACGGUGCCAGAUAUAAAAUCAGAUUCAAGUGGAACCCUAAAAGCACCUGAUAUCAGUGUCUCGGCUCCCAAUCUUAACGCUCCCAGUGCGACACUAGACAUCAACAAACCAGAAGUCAAAGGCAAAAUGACACACAAGGCCCCAAAAUUCACAAUGCCACACUUCAAUCUACCUGAUCUUGAUGCACCAAAAGCAGACAUUGAUGUCUCUGGUGAUCCAGGUCUUCCUUCAGUCAGUGGAAGUAUGGAGACCCCAAACCUCAACCUGUCAGCUCCAAAGUUAGAUUUGAAAAGUAAUGAUUUGGAGUUGAAUGGGCCAAAAGUGGAUUUGAAUAGUCCUGAUGUAAAUGUAAAGGCCCCAGAUGCUAAUAUUGAGGCACCCUCAGGGAAAAUCAAGUGGCCCCAUCUAAAAUGGAAAAGUCAAAAACUCAAAGGACCAGAUGCCAACUUAAAUGCUGACCUGUCUACACCUAAUGCCAGCAUUUCCACACCAAAGAUUGGUGGUGAUCUAAGUGCCCCAGAUGUGAAUGUUGGCUCAGCUCAAGCUGAUAUUAAAGGCCCUGAUCUAGAUGUUCAAACCCCAGAUCUUAAUGUUGAUGCCCCAUCUGGUAAAAUCAACUGGCCUCAUUUGAAGUUGAAGAAACCCAAAAUUAAUGGCAAUUCAACAGAUCUUGACUUGGAUGGAGACCUGAAACCAACAGAUGUUGAGCUCUCUGUUCCAAAAGUGGAGGGUGAGAUAAAUGUCCCUGAUCCUGACAUAAAUUUGCCAAAGGCAGAGCUAAAAGGACCUGAUCUGGAUGUGAAAAAACCCAAUACUAAUCUAGAAGCUCCAUCUGGUAAGAUCAACUGGCCUCACCUGAAAUGGAAGAAGCCCAAACUUGAAGGAUCAAAAGCAGACUUGGACGUGGAUGCAGACCUAAAGACACCUGAUUUAAGUCUUUCAGCUCCAAAGAUUGAGGGUGACAUUAAUGUACCAAAUGCUGAGCUGAGUCUUCCAGAAACUGAGCUAAAGGCCCCAGGUGUAGAUGUUCAUGCCCCAGACGCUGACAUUGAUGCUCCUUCAGGAAAAAUUAACUGGCCUCAUCUAAAGUUGAAAAAAUCCAAACUUAAUGGGUCAAUGGACCUCAAUGCAGAUUUAAGCCCACCAGAUGCUUCAGUUCCAAAAAUUGAUGGGGAGAUUAGUACACCUGACGUGAGCCUCAAUUUACCCAAAGCUGACGUUGAUAUCAAAGCACCAGAUGCUGACAUAAACCCACCUUCUGGCAAAAUCAAGUUCCCAACACUGAAAAAACCUAAAUUCUUGGUUUCUGGGCCAAAGGUGAAAACUCCAGAUGUUGAUGUUGAUGCUGAUGUGAAAGCACCUGACCUCAGUCUGUCUGCCAAAGCACCUGAUGCUGAUCUGAAUUUACCAAAAGCUGAUGUUGAUAUCAAAGCACCAGAUGCUGACAUAAACCCACCUUCUGGCAAAAUCAAGUUCCCAACACUGAAAAAACCUAAAUUCUUGGUUUCUGGGCCAAAGGUGAAAACUCCAGAUGUUGAUGCUGAUGUGAAAGCACCUGACCUCAGUCUGUCUGCCAAAGCACCUGACCUCAGUCUGUCUGCUGAAGCACCUGAUGCUGAUCUGAAUUUACCAAAAGCCGAUGUUGAUAUCAAAGCCCCAGAUGCUGACAUAAACCCACCUUCUGGCAAAAUCAAGUUCCCAACACUGAAAAAACCUAAAUUCUUGGUUUCUGGGCCAAAGGUGAAAACUCCAGAUGUUGAUGUUGAUGCUGAUGUGAAAGCACCUGACCUCAGUCUGUCUGCUGAAGCACCUGAUGCUGAUCUGAAUUUACCAAAAGCCGAUGUUAACGCACCAAAUGUAGACAUUGAAUCUCCAUCUGGAAAGAUCAAAUUGCCCACUAUGAAAAAGCCAAAAUGGUCACUCUCGGGUCCUACGGUUAAUAGUCCAGAUGUUAAUUUAGAUGCUGAUGUUUCAACCCCCGACUUGAAUCUCUCAGCUCCAAAGAUUGAUGGCGAGAUAAAUGCACCAGAUGCGGAUCUAAAGUUACCAAAAGCUGAUCUGGAAGCCCCCAAAUUUGAUGUAGAGUCUCCAGAUGUUGACAUUGAAGCCCCAUCUGGAAAAUUGAAAUGGUUCCAAUUCAAAAAACCCAAAUUUGGCACACUGAAAGGUCCAAAGGCUGAUAUUGAUUCUAAUGUGACAAUACCAGAGGCGGACCUCAAAAAGUCUGAUGCAGAAAUAAGUGCACCAGAUGUUAAUCUUUCUGCAUCAAAUAUUGACGCCAAUAUCAGUGGCCCAGACCUUAGCCUUGGUGGUCCAGAUCUUGACCUUGAUACACCUGAUGCAAAGGUGAAGUUUCCUAAAUUUAAAUUACCAAAACUCAAAGGAUCACAAGUCCAGGGUCCCAGUGUGGAUGCCGAUUUAAAAACACCUAAUAUUGAUGCAAGUCUUGAUGCACCAAAAGCUGAAGUAAAUGCACCUAAUGUAAACCUCAGAGCAGAACCUCUCUCCUUGUCUGCACCAAAGGUUAAUGGUGGUCUUGAUGCACCAGAUCUUGAUGUAAAUUUACCAAAAGCUGACCUUAAAGGCCCCAAUGUAGAUGUUCAAGCUCCAGAGGUUGAUGCCCCUGCAGGAAAAAUCAAGCUUCCCCAUAUAAAAUGGCCAAAGUUUGGCUCAUCGGCGCCAAAAGUGAAAGGACCUAAUCUUGAUGUUGAUGCUGAUCUACAAAGUCCAGAUCUAGGUCUGUCUGUUCCUGAUGUAAAUGCAAAGUUACCCAAUGCAGACUUGACAGCACCCAAUGUUGAACUAAAAGCAUCAGACUUGAAUCUGUCAGCCCCCAAAAUUGAGGGAGAUAUUGGUACUCCAGGCAUAGAUGCUGGUCUUAAAACCGGUAUUGAUCUGUCUGCACCAAAAAUUAAUGGUGGUCUUGAUGCACCAGAUCUUGAUGUAAAUUUACCAAAAGCUGACCUUAAAGGCCCCAAUGUAGAUGUUCAAGCUCCAGAGGUUGAUGCCCAUGCAGGAAAAAUCAAGCUUCCCCAUAUAAAAUGGCCAAAGUUUGGCUCAUCGGCACCAAAAGUGAAAGGACCUAAUCUUGAUGCUGAUCUACAAAGUCCAGAUCUAGGUCUGUCUGUUCCUGAUGUAAAUGCAAAGUUACCCAAUGCAGACUUGACAGCACCCAAUGUUGAACUAAAAGCAUCAGACUUGAAUCUGUCAGCCCCCAAAAUUGAGGGAGAUAUUGGUACUCCAGGCAUAGAUGCUGGUCUUAAAACCGGUAUUGAUCUGUCUGCACCAAAAAUUAAUGGUGGUCUUGAUGCACCAGAUCUUGAUGUAAAUUUACCAAAAGCUGACCUUAAAGGCCCCAAUGUAGAUGUUCAAGCUCCAGAGGUUGAUGCCCCUGCAGGAAAAAUCAAGCUUUCCCAUAUAAAAUGGCCAAAGUUUGGCUCAUCGGCGCCUAAAAACCCCAAAAUUGAGGGAGAUAUUGGUACUCCAGGCAUAGAUGCUGGUCUUAAAACCGGUAUUGAUCUGUCUGCACCAAAAAUUAAUGGUGGUCUUGAUGCACCAGAUCUUGAUGUAAAUUUACCAAAAGCUGACCUUAAAGGCCCCAAUGUAGAUGUUCAAGCUCCAGAGGUUGAUGCCCCUGCAGGAAAAAUCAAGCUUCCCCAUAUAAAAUGGCCAAAGUUUGGCUCAUCGGCACCAAAAGUGAAAGGACCUAAUCUUGAUGCUGAUCUACAAAGUCCAGAUCUAGGUCUGUCUGUUCCUGAUGUAAAUGCAAAGUUACCCAAUGCAGACUUGACAGCACCCAAUGUUGAACUAAAAGCAUCAGACUUGAAUCUGUCAGCCCCCAAAAUUGAGGGAGAUAUUGGUACUCCAGGCAUAGAUGCUGGUCUUAAAACCGGUAUUGAUCUGUCUGCACCAAAAACUAACUUUAACAUACCAGACCUGGACCUUUCUACUCCAAAGAUUGAAGGUCCCAACGUGAAUGUUGGUUUGCCUGAAACUGAUAUCAAGGCACCCAGUCUACAUCUGCCAAAAGCUGACCUCCAGUCAUCUGAUCUCAGUUUGAAAACACCAAAUGUCAACCUUUAUCCACCAAAAAUUGAUGGUAGUCUCUCAGCACCAAAUAUAGACACGAGUAUGCCAAAAAUUGAACUAGAAGCACUUGAUGCCAAUGUGAAAUCUCCAGAUUUGGAUGUCAACCUGCCAAAAGCGGAUCUCAAAGAUUCCAAUAUCCAGUUAAAAACUCCAGAUCCAGAUUUGAAUACCCACCUUGGUGACUUUAAAAUGCCACAUUACAAGCAUCCAAAACUUGAUCUUUCAAGUCCUGAAGUAGAAGCUCCAAGUAUUAAUCCCAAAGUUGAGGCCGGAAUUAAGGUACCUGGAGUCAGCACAGAUAUGCCUACAACAGAUGCACACAUCUCUGUUCCUGCAGUAGAUUUGAGUGCACCAAAAGUAGGUGAUAUUAAAGGACCUGAUGUAGAUGUGAAAGCUCCAGACGUAGAUGCAAGUCUUGAAAAGUCCAAGAUGCCACAUUUCAAAUUCCCAAAGUUCAGCCUUUUUGGGUCUAAAACAAAAUCUCCUGAGGCUAAUGCCAGUGCAGAUCUUGAGGGGAGUGGCUCUGACUCUGAUGUGCCACACUCGGAGGUGGAGGUUCCUGUAUUCAAGUUCCACAGACUGCCCCAAACCAACAUUGAUGGCACUGGAGGAAUUACUGAUGCACUGAGCUCAAUAAAAUCUGACUUGGAGGAAAAGGAUUAUGUUUUCAGUAAAGGAAUCCGCUUGCCAGUAGUAAAUACAACAGCAAAAGGAGGAGAAAAGAUUGACAUUUUGGAGAGAUUGAAAAUCGCAAGAGAAAAGGCACCCCCGGUUAAUGUGCCACCAACUGAAGAGAAAACUGGUCUUGAUCUACAACUCACCGGUGCAGGUCUUGAUGCUAAUACAUCUACAGGUGUAGGAGAUUCAUCUUUGGUCAGAGGAGGUACUUUCAAAGUAGACAAACCAGAGUCUACGCUGGGGCUGACCGUACCUGAUAUUUCUACAUCAGAUGAAAAUGACAAAUAUUCACUGAGCCUUUCUAAUAUGCUUGGCCUUAAUGUCAAGGAUUCUGAUGCCAACUGA